AUCGCCAUGCUAAAGACAACUGAGUAACAAUCCACAAACCGACCGAGUCCACAACACCAUCGCAUCACAACCUUGGGUAGACUACUCUCUAGUCUGGCAAGCGGCUUCUUUGAGCGCUGAGCUAGCAUCAGAAUUAUUUGUCGGCCUGAUCAAUCCUUCCUUCUUCCUUACGAAUUGCUUCCUUGGACCCGACCGACUGACCUGUGGUGAAUUUCAUCAUCCUAACAAAAUACCAAGCCCUGGAAGGACGACCGACCUUUGUUCACCACCUCCCUCUCCGAUCUUUCCCCUACUUAACCCAUAGUCCACACCCUUCGUACGCAACCUCCCUCUACAUUCAACAGAACCGAUUUCCACCCACUGCGCACGACCACGGCAAUGCUUCAUUAGCUGGUACCUACUACUGGAGACAUUUGAUCAUCAAGAACCAACAUCCAAGCUCCACAUGCUUGCCCCUCAUUUCGAACACUCUCUCCUGCCUAACAUGGCUGACGAUAAUAUGGAGAUAUCUUCCGACCAUGGCCAGAACAUCGACGAUAUUGAUAUUGACAUCGAGUUCACUGCUGUGGAUAGUGACGGCGGCGAAGACUACAUGGUCGAUGAUACACCAAUGAAUAUUGGUUUCGAAGACAGUAAUAAUGAUGAGGACCUUUUGAUGGCCCCCGACGAGCUAAUGGGCGAUGAUAUCUCGUUCGGCGAUGAGAUGGACGAUCAUCAUGAUAGACCCCUAGAUUUAAUGAUUGACGGCGCGCCUGCUUCAAUCUUUGAGACAGUUAUCGAGGAUCUGGUUGAGGAAACAGCUCAAGAUCCCUCAAAUACAGCUACCGGGCUACCGCUUGACAUCCACACAGAAAACCACAAUAUUACGAGUCUGGAAUCUGGUCCCCCUCAUAGCGAGCAAGAAGCCGGUUCUGAUACUCAUGGGUUUUCGUUGCCCCUUGAAUCGACCAGCGAGUCUGUUCAAGCGAACUCGGCUACGAGCCCCGUCAACGCUAUAUCUGAUGCGCUUGAGCUGGGUGACAACUCUGAAUCUGAUAUCGCAGCGGAGCAGGCUAUUUUACCCGAACUUAGCACUGACCUUAAAGACUCGCAAGACCUUAACACAGAGACAUCAAAUCCGACCGUGUCGCCACACGAUACCACCACGAUCUCCCACCGAGAGGAGACGCUGGAACUACCAAUCGAGGAUGAAGUUGGCCAUGGAAAUGAGCUGGUGGAAAAUGAAACAACAAGAUCCCCUCAAGCUUCUGCCCUCAAUACCACAGAUACUACCCAGACACAAUUGUCCCAAGACCAAAGCAAUGACCAUGAGGAGCUGUUUCCAGAGAGUACACUGGUUUUAGCACUUGAAGUUGUUGUUGUCUGGCGCUCUGUCGAGUACUCUUUAUUCCCAAAGUCCGAGUCUGAUAACCCAGAUACUUUCUUUCUUUCUGACCCAAGUAUUCUUGAACAAACGCUUGGCGAAUUCCUGCAAGCUAUCCGUGAUGUUAUCCAUGGAGAACUCGAGGAUGAAGAUGAGUUAUGUAUGGCCAUAGAGGAUCUCGGGCUAGAAAUUGAAGAGGUGAGUUUGCAAAGUGUCAUCUGCUUGUUUUGCUACUAACAUCAGUACCAGACAUCCACACACCUUCCGAAAUAUACCUUUGGCCAAAUUAUCGAUGUGUUUACCAAGCUACUUGAGAAUGACAUGGAUGAGGCCCGACCCUUGUACGUGACUCUACGUGCUAGGGCGAACUUUUCAAAGCGAUAUGAGGUCUGCAAAUCCAGCGCUAUCGAUGGUAAGGGUUUGUCUAAGGUAAUGAUAUUUCGUGACGAGAGCGCUAGCCAGGAAGAUCUUGCUGCUAGCGCUGAGCACGCGGUAUUCGAUGGUGAACUCGAUGCCGGAGGUGAAAUGGGAGAGGAAGAAGCAAAUCUGAAAACAUCUGACAUUCUGGAUGAUGGAUCCUACAAUAACCAAACAGAAGACAACCAACCUCCUCAGUCGCUUCAGGCUGACGAAGUGCCUAUAUCGUGGAAUGAUGUCGAAGACCACCUCCAGGAAACAGGGGAAGCAGACGAUAUCACCACAUCGAAUCAUCACACUGGAGUCGACGAACCUGUCUCCAACACCAGCACCUCUAAGCAGUCUGACGCAGUCCACACAGAGGAAGAGACCGCGAGAAGCGCUGGCGAUGAAGACGAUUUAAUUGACUAUUCAGAUGAAGAGACUGAGGAACCGAACAAAAGUGAUCGCACGAGUGCACCUAAAUUGGAGAAUCAUAAUCAUGAUGCCGAAAAUCAAGCACAGACCGGUACUUAUUCCGAUCUAUCCUCUCCAUGUCUCAAACCUGAUUAUUGUUUCUGUUCUAAAUGCAUGAUCCUUAUAGUCCAACAAUACGAAGCGGUUAACCAGGAACUCGAGCGCCGACGAUCAUCAUCUCGCACGGCUGAAGUGAAGAGUGCUUCGCAACCCGAGAACGACGAAGCUCAACAUAUUCCAAAAGAUGAGAUCCAUGCCGAAGCCGAGGACCUUGAUGAGAUCGACUAUGAGACUAUGCCUAACGGUCAAGAUAUCUUGAGUGCAGAUGAUGUCGGCCUAGAGCCUGAAAAGGAGAAGUAUGAAGACGAGCCUGUCGAUGGACAAUAUCUCGUCCACGUCAAACCAGCAGACUCAGCUCACCAGGUUGACAAUCAAGAGGCUACGCACCAAGAGCAACAAGAGCACUUGUACAACUUUGACGAUCAGUUUGACCCCGACGCUGCAACCAGCCAUAAUGCUGAUGCUGUAGAGUUCGAUGGAGUAGAUUUUGAUGAUGAAGAGUAUACCGGACCACACGAAAGCAAAGAGACAAUUGAUGUCACCACCGUUCUUCUUGAUUUUGACGAAGCGGUCGAGUCAAGUGCUACCGUGAGUGCCGACGAGCCACACCAAGAGGAUGAUUUCGCCGAUUUCGACCUAGACGACGAAACUGCGGACGCCAACGAGUCUCUGCACGGACUGGAUGCUGCGGUCCCAUUGGCAGACGAAGACGAGAUUGACUAUGAAGACGAUGAAGAUAACGAGAACGUGAAUGUGACGAAAGCCCAAGCUGCCAUUCCUACAACACCGAAUGGUUCUAUGAAGAGAUCUAUCUCUGAAGUAGAAGUCGAUGAGAUUACUGCUUCAGGGGCGAAUGGUGUGUACCUUUGUUCCACAAAUAAUACGAUAUACUUGCUAACGGGGUUGCAGAGAACAAACGAUCCAAAUCGUAACUAUCUCCGCCUAGGGCUGGUCACUCUACCUUGCAAGCUUCUGUCUCUUCUCGCCUCAUUUUCGUCUAGCUUUCCGUUGUCACGCACGAAACGGCAGGUCGAUCCUCUCUUCGCACACCCCAUCCCAUUUCCACACGACCAGUAUUCUAUAAUCUUUGAGCGGACCAUGGCGUUCUGUUUCGACACUGGAUACCCCUUGGAUACCGCUCUGACAAUCUACGACUACUAAUCUUGUGAACUAGAAAAUAUGGACGGUAGGUCUGACAGGUACACUGACACCAUCCCGACCCAGUUUGUUUUCUCCCUUGCUGCACUCCCCCCCUUCGUAUAACUAUUUGCCCCAACUUCUUUCGAAAACAAUUCUAGGGACUGGUGAACGCAACAUCUUAUGGCGGCUUUUCUUUUUCUCAAAAGGCAUUUAUGGCAGGAAGCGGAGGACUGGAUGGACAGGGCGUUCUUGUUUAGGGAUUCCCGUGAACCGAUCUUCGCACUUCAUUUCAAAGGGGGGCUGGCGUUUAUUGGCGAAAGAAGAUGUUGAUUUAUGUACAAUUCCGAAGUGGUUGGCGAGAAAAGGCAUUUCUUUUCGGAUUUUCUUGAGAGACGUGGAUUGGCAGGUCUGCCCAUACUACUUAGUCAUUGGGGUAGAUGGAUUCAUGGAAAGUAUCUUCUAAUCAAUGCAAUCCGUGACCACGAUCCAAAUCAAUGCGAUGUAGAAAGUGUGAAUGUGAAGUGAACAUGUUGUCCGUCUCGAGUUCUAUAAGGGUGUGUAUUUGAAUUGUAGGUACCAGUAGUACUUGUGCUCGUAAAUUCCGAGAAAUCAGAGUUGGGAUGGCGUAGGUAGGGCAGGGGCGCAGCUGGAGUGCAGGACUCGACCUCAGCGUGUCAGGAUGGCAGAAUGGGGCUUCCAAGGCUCCAAGCUAAAAAUAACUGGACCUGCCCUGGGCCUGCAAGAACGAGGGGGUGACGGUGAUUUUACUGGGGCAGACCGCAGCUGUUGCGAGACAAGGCCAGAGCCCUGAAGUUCGUGGGUGAGUGGAAACACCGUAUCAACGUUUCACAUUUCUGCUCCUCGCACGCAACAGCCUACGCCUACGCCUAUUAGACGCCUAUCCUACCGCGACGACUACCUCUCAGCUCCUUGCCCAGCGAGAAGAGCUCAGCACCCAAGAAAGCGCCCAGAGCACCGACCCGAACCAUCCUAACCCGCCUAAACACAUCAUCUCUUCUCCCACAGUCCACUGCUGGUCUUCAGUCCUGCCCACUUUCCACCCACACCCAACUCAAACCUGUCCCUGGGCUACUCGUACAGACAGCACCACUGUCACUGCAACGGUCACUAAACGCCACGACUGCACACUACCACCCACGACGCAGAUUCAGUACUUGUACCAACGAAAUCAAACCCAGAUCUUCCCACAACACCAUCGUGUCUUUUUCUCGACAAGCACAUCGCUCCACUCACGACUCGAAUCAGCCGCUCGUUUGCGCAUCGCCUUGGUCUGCUGCUGAUGCGGCUAUAACACCUCCUCUGCGGCUCUUCUGAUAAAUCGACGAUAACAGAUCAUCGCGACCGACCGCGACUACCUCCCGCUCCAGGGUCUUGAACUUAACCUCCAUUUACGGGACAAUCACUUUGCGACGACCAUAACGACGAGGGCAUUCCCACAUUGCGCGCCCAGGAAAUAAGUGUGCUACCACUACCCGCGAAAUCCCAACUAAAGACGGUCUUUACGAAUCAUACGCCCAUCAUAUAUUGAUUUACUUGGGUCCCUUAGCAGACGGGAAAAGCAUCGCGCAGGCGUCUAAUUCGCGAGCAUUGAAUUCCGUCAUCAAGGGUUGCGACAACACGGGCGCAACUCCAGGACAAUUAGACAUUGGAGUGGAUAGGAGGAGCUACUCUACCGCCAGAGUAAUGAUGCUGGAAGACAAGUACGUAGUCGUCAAAUGCGCCUUAAACAUUGCGUCCAGUGGGUAGGUAGGACAUUGGCUGACAUCCGGGAACAGAUACAUAGGGUUGGCUUUGGCCAUCACCUCGACGCUCGCUAUAGGUAUGAGGAGUCGCGUAUUCCUAAUUGAUAGCCAGAUGCUGACAUCGGAUUUUCCCCUGCAGGAACAAGUUUUGUGAUUACGAAAAAGGUACGAGAUCGCCGAGCACAUCUUGAGCCCACGAAUACGACCACCAUCAUCUCCGAUUACUAACAAAAGCCCAGGGUCUUAUGGAUGCAGAAGAGAGGCAUGGAUUUGAAGGCGAUGGAUUUACAUAUCUGAAAAGCCCCAUAUGGUGGGCCGGAAUCAUAGCCCGUACGCAGACCCAAGACGUUUCUCUUUGCAGGGCAAUGGCUAACUGCUGAGAUAGUCAUUAUUGGAGAAAUCGCCAAUUUUGCAGCAUACGCAUUUGCGCCAGCGAUUCUAGUUACCCCCCUUGGAGCCUUGAGUGUUUUAAUUGGUGCUGUCUUAGGCUCGUAUUUCCUAAAAGAGGAGCUGGGAACAUUGGGGAAGCUGGGAUGCGCCAUCUGCUUGAUUGGGUCCGUCAUAAUAGUCUUGCAUGCCCCGCCGGAUCAGGAAAUCGAGACUAUUGACGAGAUUCUCAAUUAUGCAAUUCAACCAGGUAGGAAGCAGAAACCUUUUAAAAGUCUGCAUACGCUAACGAGUGACAAGGAUUUCUCUUAUUCUGCGCAUUUGUCGCCGUUUUUUCCGUCGUUAUGAUAUAUCGAGUCGCGCCAAAAUACGGAAAGAAAAACCCUCUGAUUUAUCUGUCGAUUUGUUCCACGGUUGGAUCGGUAUCAGUCAUGUCCGUCAAGGCAUUUGGUAUUGCGGUUAAAUUAACAUUCGCCGGCAACAAUCAGUUUACCCACCCUUCGACCUAUGUAUUCAUCAUCUUAGUAGCUGUUUGCAUUCUGACUCAGAUGAAUUAUUUCAACAAGGCACUGAGCCAAUUCCCCACUUCCAUGUAAGAAAACUCGAAUCUUGGAUGGUCGAGCUUCGUUGACACUUUUUAACAGAGUCAAUCCGUUGUAUUACGUUACAUUUACCACAGCGACGCUAUGUGCGUCCUUUAUUCUAUACGGAGGAUUUAACACGUCAGAUGCAGUCAAUACUCUCUCUCUACUAAGCGGGUUUCUGGUCAUCUUCACAGGCGUGUACCUUCUCAACCUUUCUCGUGGGGAUCCCAACGGGGACAAAUUAAUCAACGGACACUUGCAAGAUGGAAUCGGCACGGAUCCCAUCUCCGGACUGCAAACGAGACGAAGUAUGCAACUACGACGAAGUAUGGACCCACGUAGCUCGCUCCACUCGUACGGACGAAGUGAUCGCGAGGGGCUCAUCCGGGCUUAUGAUGAGGAAGAGAAUACGGGCUUUGGGCUCACGGAUCUGGCCUCGGAGAGUGACGAGGAUGCGCCACCGCCGCGAACGCCGAAUGGGAGGGUAUACGCGAAUGGGAAUGGGAAUAAUGCCAGUAAGAAGAGUUUAAGGGAGCAAGGGACGAUCGAUGAGAGGAGGUCGUUAUCGAGGAAGGCAUCUCCACUGCCGAGGUGA